AUGGCUCCUACAUGGCAAGGGAUUGCCGAGGAGAAACAUGCCAGUCGCGACAAGGCCAUCCCAACCGAGUGGCGACUCCCACCAGGCUACGUACCAGACGGCCAGCUCAAUGUGAUGGAUAUACCCGCGGAGUGUGGUCUUUUGACGGAGAGAGAAUUGAGAAUCACGGAGACGGAUCCUGUUGUGUUGGUUGAAAAAAUGAUCAACCGCGACUUCAGUUCUCACGAAGUCACAUUGGCAUUCUGCAAGCGAGCAGCUGUUGCCCAACAGCUCGUGAAUUGCCUCAGUGAGAUCUUUUUUAAUCAAGCGCUCGACGCUGCGCAACGUCUUGACGCCGAAUACGAAGCUCACCGCGCGCCACGCGGUUUACUCCACGGUCUUCCUGUUUCACUCAAAGAUUGCUUCAAAGUCGAAGGUACAGACGCAACUAUCGGAUGCACUGCAUAUGCCCACCUACCUACGAGACUAGACGAAGAGACGGAAAUCACAAGAAUCAUGCGAGAAAGUGGUGCGAUCUUGUUCUGCAAGACAAAUGUCCCAACAGCUAUGAUGGCUGGCGAGUGGUGGUUCGUCGGGGGCGAAAGCGCAUUGCUGGCUCUUCGUGGAUCUCCUCUCGGCGUCGGUACAGAUGUCGGGGGAUCUAUCCGAAUUCCGGCGUCGUUCUGUGGAUUGUACUCUUUGAAGCCGUCCUCUGGCCGUUUUCCCACUUCAGGGCUCAGAGAUAGCAUGGUGGGCCAGAAAGCAGUACCCAACACUGUGGGACCAAUGUCUUGCUCCCUUGCUGGCCUUGAAUUGUGGAGCAGAGCAGUGCUGAAUAGUGAGGCAUGGAUGAGAGCUGAUCCCGAUUGCUUUCCGAUUCCAUACCGUGAAGUAGAGGCCCCGAAGAAACUUUGCUUUGGACUUCUUCUCGAUGAUGGGAUCGUCAAACCACUUCCGCCUGUGACUCGUGCUCUUUUGAUCACCAAGGCAGCACUUGAGGCAGCUGGGCAUACCGUUAUCGAAUUCAGGAUCGAUGAUCCUUUAUACAUAGACCACCUCAAGUUUGCCUUGUACCGCUCUGCCGCGGCGGAUGGGUUGGACAAGAUUUUUUCUCAAACCCAAGAGCCUUGGCCCCGUGGCAUGGAAAUGCUGGAAAGGAUGGUCGAUCAAUCAAAAAAAGAACAGGGUGCAAUAUGUGCCCGCCCCACGGUUUCUGAUCUCUGGGGCGCGCAAGAUAAGACUACACAUUACGCCAAGCGGAUUCUUCAGUCAUGGGUGGCAACCCAAACACGCACAAAUACUGGUAGAGAGAUGGACGCUUUACUGAUGCCAUGUACUGUGUGGCCAGCCUCUGAAAAGUAUGGAUUUAUGUACGAUAAUUAUACGAGUUUAUGGAACGUGCUUGAUUACUAUUCACCCGCCGCCCUGGCUGGGGCUCCUGCUGGUGUGCAACUGGUUGGACGCCGGUGGAAUGAGGAAUACCUUUUGAAGGUCACAAGGAUCGUCCGCGCGAUACGGCCUGCUUUUACGCUGCAUUCCGGACGUAUCGUGCAGAUGAAUGUUUGGAAAUCCGGAGGUCCGCAAGUGCCGAUCUUGAAGGCCGCGGAUACCGAGCUUUUGGUCGCGAUUACCGAGUCUGUGUGA